GGACUUAUUGUCUUCUGACGCUCUAUCUCUGCUCUGGCUCCAAGCAUGUAUUCAGUGGGUGAGGGACGGAGGGGCGGAUGGAGUUCAAGUUUACUGUCUUUAUUUGGCAGAUGUUGUGAAACUUCAUGGCGAGGGGUGACGACAGUGUGACAGGUGAUGUUUGUGGAAAUGACCAUAUGAGUGAGUCAGUCAGCUUUAAACUGGAGUCAAACUGCUGAUUUGUGGUAUUUGUGAGGAAAAAAAGGAAGAAGAAGAAGAAGCAUCUGAAACCAGCACGCGGCAAAAGAAAAAAAAAAGGUCGAGGAGGCCGGGGGAAGGCGUGGUCUAGUGAGCAAAGCAGCCCGGCGUGCAGGUAGAAGGCAUAAAGGCUGGUGGGAUCUGCUCUGUUACAGUGACUGUCUGCACUCGGACAAUGACGGGUAUGCUUCUAUUGUGGAUCCUCAUCCUAAAUGCCUCACUGAAGCCCUCAGAGAGCCACGGUCCUGAGUUUGAUGAGGGGAAAGACUAUGAGGUGGUUCGACCUGUGAGACUUCACACAGUCAGAAAAAGAGAUGCAGAGAACCUCAGGCCGAAGACUAUUAAAUACGCAAUGAGACUGGGAGGACAAGAUAUUGAAAUGCAUCUAGAAAAGAACAACGAAUUACUCACCAAGGACUACACCGAGACACAUUACCUACAGGACGGAACUCGAGUCACCACAACUCCGGAUGAUAUUGAUCACUGCUACUACCAGGGGAAGAUAGUAAACGACAGCGCAUCGUCUGUCAGUAUCAGUACAUGUGAUGGACUCAGGGGAUAUUUCAGAACAUCUGCCCAGAGGUACCUGAUCGAGCCGCUGUCUGGAGACGAUGAGGGGGAACAUGCUGUGUCGCCGUUCAAUGAAAAGAAUUACAAACCUGCAGUGUGCGGUGUCACCAACACCAGCUGGAGCACUGACUUUGAGCCGCCCACAAGUCGCAGCCGCUCACGAUCAGCGGGACUCUCUAUUGUCCAACAGCAGAAGUACCUUGAGCUCUUUCUUGUUGCUGAUAACCGAGUGUACAAGAAGAUGAAGCAAGAUCAGACGGAGCUGAGAAAGAGGAUAUUUGAAAUUGUCAACUUUGUCAACAUGGCUUAUAAACCUUUGAGGACCUUUAUUGCCCUGGUGGGACUGGAGAUCUGGUCCAACCGAGACCUGAUCUCUGUGACACCUCCAGCUGGAGCCAACCUGGAUGCCUUUAUGAAGUGGAGGAACUCCGAGCUAGUCAAGAGAAAAAAGCACGACAACGCACAUCUGAUCAGCGGUAUUGACUUUGAAGGAUCUACAGUGGGACUGGCGUUCAUUGGGACUCUAUGUUCAGGUCAUUCUGUCGGAGUAGUGCAGGAUCAUAAUGACCGAGCCAUCGCCGUGGGAGCAACACUAGCGCAUGAGAUGGGCCAUAAUCUGGGCAUGGACCACGAUGACUCCAGCGGCUGUGCUUGUUCUGGUGAUAGUUGCAUCAUGGCUGCUGCCCUCAGUUGGAACAUCCCUCGGACGUUCAGCAGCUGCAGCAGCAACAACUAUGAAAAAUACCUGCUGAACCGGAGCCCUAGCUGCCUACUGGACAAACCGGACUACAAGACCCUGGUGGCUCCUUCAGUCUGUGGCAAUGGAUUUGUGGAGAUGGGAGAGCAAUGUGACUGUGGCUCAGUGGAGGAGUGCAUGAACCCAUGCUGCAACGCCACCACAUGUAAACUGAAGGAAGGUUCGCAGUGUGCAGAAGGCGAGUGCUGCGAGAACUGUAAGAUCCUGCCUCGGUCCAGGGAGUGUCGCAUGAAGCAGGAUGAAUGCGAUAUCGCUGAAUACUGUGAUGGAAACAGCGCCACCUGUCCCGAGGACGUGUUCGCCGUCAAUGGCCUCCCAUGUGACCGCGGACUGGGAUACUGUUACAACGGCCAGUGUCCACAGAGACAGAACCAGUGCAUCAAGAUGUACGGACCAAGUGCGAUAGAGGCGCGUCAAGGCUGCUACAACCAGAACACCAGAGGAGUUUACUACGGCUUCUGCAAACGACCCUCAAAAGACCACUACAUUCCCUGCCAACAACAGGACAUAUUCUGUGGAAAGCUCUACUGCCACAAUGGGAACGACAGCCCCAACUAUGGCCGGAUGGUGAGGGUCGGUGACUGCAAGGCAUCGUUUUUUGACGACUACACCAAAGACUACGGCCAAGUGGACACCGGAACUAAAUGUGGAGAUGGAAAGGUGUGCAACCAGAAUGAGUGUGUGGACCUCCAGACAGCUUACAGAAAUAUAAACUGCUCAGCCAAAUGCCCAGGCCAUGCAGUGUGUAAUCACAGAAGUGAGUGUCAGUGUGAACCUGGGUGGCUGCCUCCAAACUGUGACACACAGGAUGAAAGUUUCAGUGCGCUUACAACUGGGGCGACAGUUGGCAUCAUAGUGGGAGUUCUGUUAGUUCUAGGUGUCACUGCUGGUAUCACUGGGUUCAUUUGGAAAAAACGACAAGGCCCCAUCCUGCCGACUUCACACACCCCCAGGAAACCUGUAGCAGUGGAUAAUUCUGCUCAUCACCUCCGGAAGAGGCCACCUCCCAGUCAGCCCAUGCCCGUGACCCAGCCUGUCAGACCAAAACCCAAAGGAGCUCCACCUCCACCACCUCCUGCAGGGAACAGACCAAAACCUCCAAGCCAGAACUACAUCGCUGCUCGUCAGGCUCUGAGGCCAGUUCCUCCACCUAAGGUCUGAUGCUGCAUCCUGGAGGAGACGCAACAGGAGACUCGUCUUCAACUUCUGCUCCUGAUCAGAUGCUGCUGAGACAAGACAAGCCCUUUUUAUGAAAGGGUCCAC